AUGCACGGCCUCGGGGGUCCUGCCCAGAACCAGGGCAGCUUGUUCUCCCCCGUGAAGAUCGGCAGUCUCAGAAACCAGAUGGACCCGGUUGGAGGGCAGUGUGUUCUGUUUGGUUCUGACUUCUCCAGGAGGGAGUUUGGACCUUCCCUGCAGGCCAGCGGCCGUGCCUACACCUGGGCCCCCCUGGUCCAGGGCCCACGGCUCCUGCUCUCCUCCUGCAAGAAGGCCAGUGGGCAGAGGGCUGCCCAGCGGCCUUGGGAGUGUGAUCUUAACUGCACUCACCCAGCGGAGGGCCAGGCUGGACCUCAGAUCGUUAAUGAUCUCUCCGAGGCUGUGCAGCUGAGCAUCUGCCCUGAGCGAGGGGAGCGCUUUGAAGGCUCCAGCAGCUUCUUCGUGAGGAAACAGAAGGGUCUGAGCAAUAUGAAGGAGCUUAACUCCGUCGCCUCGGAGCUGUCUGCACGCCAGGAGGAGAGUGAACAUUCUCAUAAACAUUUAAUUGAACUCCGCCGGGAAUUUAAGAAAAAUGUACCUGAGGAAAUCAGAGAGAUGGUGGCACCUGUAUUAAAAAGCUUCCAAGCUGAGGUAGUGGCCCUUAGCAAGCGGAGUCAGGAGGCUGAGGCUGCUUUCCUGAGUGUUUACAAGCAGUUAAUCGAAGCACCAGACCCCGCACCUGUGUGUGAGGCAGCUCGCAGCCUAGACGACAGACUGCAGACCCCCAGCUGGGACCCCCACACUUCGUGGAAGAGGCACCCCGAGCUCUUGGGCCCCAAAGAGCAGAGAGAGGGGACGACUCCAGCCGGGCCCACACUGACUGAGGGCAACCGCCUCCCCAGCCUGCCUGGCAAAGCCCUCCUGACAGACACCUUGCUGCAGAGAAAUGAAGCUGAGAGGCAGAAGGGCCUUCAAGAAGUACAGAUCACUCUGGCGGCCAGACUGGGGGAGGCCGAGGAGAAGAUCAAGGUUCUGCAUUCAGCGUUAAAGGCCACACAGACGGAGCUGCUGGAGCUGAGACGGAAGUACGACGAGGAGGCUGCGGCCAAGGCAGAUGAAGUCACGCUCAUCAUGACCAACCUGGAAAAGGCCAAUCAGCGAGCCGAGGCUGCCCAGCGGGAGGUGGAAAGUCUUCGGGAACAGCUCGCCUCAGUCAACAGCUCCAUGCACCUGGCUUGCUGCUCCCCACAAGGACCUGGUGGGGACAAAGUGAACUUCACACUGUGCUCGGGGCCCCGGCUGGAGGCCGCGCUGGCCUCCAAGGACAGGGAGAUCCUGCGGCUGCUGAAGGACGUGCAGGUCCUCCAGAACUCGCUGCAGGAGCUGGAGGAGGCCUCGGCCAACCAAAUUGCAGAGCUGGAGCGGCAGCUCACGGCCAAGUCCGAGGCCAUAGAGAAGCUGGAAGAGAAGCUCCAGGCACAGUCUGACUAUGAAGAGAUUAAGACUGAGCUGAGCAUUCUGAAGGCGAUGAAGCUGGCCUCCAGCAACUGCAGCCUCCCGCAGGGCCUGGCCAAGCCCGACGACUCCCUGCUCAUGGCCAAGGAAGCCUUCUUCCCUGGCCAGAAGUUCCUCCUGGAGAAGCCGGCCCUCCUGACCAGCCCUGAGGAGGACCCGUCCGAGGAUGACUCCAUCAAGGAUUCUCUGGGCACGGAGCAGUCAUACCCCUCCCCGCCUCAGCUCCCACCACCCCCAGGGCCGGAAGACCCCCUGUCCCCCAGCCCUGGACAGCCCCUGCUGGGCCCCAGCCUGGGCUCCGACGGCCAGCGGACUUUCUCCCUGUCGCCCUUCCCCAGCCUGGGAGCCAGCGAGCGGCUGACGGGGGACAUGCUGCUGUCCAAGCACCUGGUGCCCCCGGCCACCUUCAAGGGCGAGGCAGGUGGCCUGCUGCUGUUCCCCCCAGCCUUCUACAGCGCCAAGCCCCCUGCCGGCCCGGCCACGCCCGGCCCUGAGCCCCCCACGGGUCCCGAGCCGGCGGAGGGUGGAGGGGGCGGCCCACCCGGGCCCGUGGGGGCGGAGGAGGAGCAGCUGGACACGGCCGAGAUCGCCUUCCAGGUGAAGGAACAGCUCCUCAAGCACAACAUCGGGCAGCGGGUGUUCGGCCACUACGUGCUGGGGCUGUCGCAGGGCUCGGUCAGCGAGAUCCUGGCCAGGCCCAAGCCCUGGCGCAAGCUCACAGUCAAGGGCAAGGAGCCCUUCAUCAAGAUGAAGCAGUUCUUGGCGGACGAGCAGAACGUAUUGGCUCUGAGGACCAUCCAGGUGCGGCAGCGAGGCAGCAUCACCCCAAGAAUCCGCACGCCCGAGACGGGUUCUGACGACGCCAUCAAGAGCAUCCUGGAGCAGGCCAAGAAGGAGAUUGAGUCACAGAAGGGAGGUGAGCCCAAGAACUCUGCAGUCCCACUGAGCGUCACCCAGGGCUCCGCCUCGGCCAGCACCUCAGAAGAUGCCAUCAAGAACAUUCUGGAACAAGCACGCCGCGAGAUGCAGGCGCAGCAGCAGGCGCUCCUGGAGAUCGAGGCUGGGCCCCGGGGCCACUCUUUGCCCCCCUCGCCCCCGGAGCGGCCCUCGCUGGCCGCCGUGAGCCAGAACGGGGCCCCAGCCUGCGUGAAGCAGGAGGAGGCCGCCGGCGGUGGCGGCGGCGGCGGCACACAGACGUCACUCACGGUCCUGUCCCCGGCGGCCUUCGUGCAGAGCAUCAUCCGCAAGGUCAAGUCCGAGAUCGGGGAUGCCGGCUACUUUGACCACCACUGGGCCUCGGACCGCGGCCUGCUCAGCCGGCCCUACGCCUCCGUCUCGCCAUCACUGUCCUCCUCCUCCAGCUACUCCAGCCAGCCCAACGGACGGGCCUGGCCCCGGGGGGACGAGGCCCCCGCGGCCGCUGAGGACGAGGCAGCCGCAGGCGAGGACGAGCCCCCCAGGGCGGGGGAACUGAAAGCUGAGGGGGGCGUCUCUGAGACGGGCAGUGGGGGGCGGCUGGCCUACUACCCAGCAUACGUACCUCGCACCCUGAAGCCCACCGUGCCCCCCCUGACCCCCGAGCAGUACGAGCUCUACAUGUACCGGGAGGUGGACACGCUGGAGCUGACGCGCCAGGUCAAGGAGAAGCUGGCCAAGAACGGGAUCUGCCAGAGGAUCUUCGGGGAGAAGGUGCUGGGCCUGUCGCAGGGCAGCGUGAGUGACAUGCUGUCCCGGCCGAAGCCCUGGAGCAAGCUGACGCAGAAGGGCCGGGAGCCCUUCAUCCGCAUGCAGCUGUGGCUGUCGGACCAGCUGGGCCAGGCCGCCGGGCAGCCAGCCAGCACUUCCCAGCCGGCCAGCACCUCCCAGGCCAGUCCCCUCGAGCCGAGGUCCUCGCCCUCCCCACCCCCUAGCCCCACGGAGCCCGAGAAGAGCUCCCAGGAGCCCUUGAGCCAAUCGCUGGAGAGCUGCAAGGAGAACCAGCAGCCAGAGGGCCGCUCAGGAAAGGUGUAUGGCCAGGCUGUGGGCGGCAUCCAAGAGAUCGUGGCCAUGUCCCCAGAGCUGGACACGUACUCCAUCACCAAGAGGGUCAAGGAAGUCCUCACAGACAACAACCUAGGGCAGCGGCUCUUCGGGGAGAGUAUCUUGGGCCUGACCCAGGGCUCCGUGUCUGACCUGCUGUCCCGGCCUAAACCCUGGCACAAGCUGAGCCUGAAGGGGCGGGAGCCCUUCGUCCGCAUGCAGCUGUGGCUCAGUGACCCCCACAACGUGGAGAAGCUGCGGGACAUGAAGAAGCUGGAAAAGAAAGCCUAUCUGAAGCGCAGGUACGGCCUCAUCAGCACCGGUUCCGACAGUGAGUCUCCAGCCACGCGCUCCGAGUGCCCUAGCCCCUGCCUGCAGCCCCAGGACCUGAGCCUCCUACAGAUCAAGAAGCCCCGCGUGGUGCUGGCCCCCGAGGAGAAGGAGGCGCUGAGGAAGGCCUACCAGCUAGAGCCCUACCCCUCCCAGCAGACCAUUGAGCUCCUGGCCUACCAGCUCAAUCUCAAGACCAAUACUGUCAUCAACUGGUUCCACAACUACAGGUCUCGGAUGCGCCGAGAGAUGUUGGUGGAGGGCACCCAGGACGAACCAGACCUUGACCCAAGCGGGGCACCCAGUGUUCUGCCACCAGUCCACUCCCAGCUGGACCCCACCCCUCAGAGUCCCAGCUCCGAGACUGAGGACCAGAAGCCCACAGUGAAGGACCUGGAGCUUCGGGAGGGCGUCGAAGAGAGCGCCAGGCCCCUGAGCACCCAGGACAAGGCCCCAGUGACGGUGAAGCAGGAGCAGACAGAGGAUGAGGCGGACAGCAGACCCCAGAACUUAGGGGAGCCGGACAAGGACCAGGGGCUCCCCAAGGUGCAGCACCCUGAGCCUCCAGAAAACAAAGGGCUCCCCAGAGUGGCCCCAGAGACCCUCCUUCCCGGCGGGACCGCCCCGGACUUCCCCUUGGUGCAUCCACCCCGGGAGAACGAGCAGUCCCACAUGGACCCCCUAAGUUUUAAGUCGGCCUCCGAGUCCUCACGCUGCAGCCUGGAGGUAUCUCUCAACUCGCCCUCGGCCGCCUCCUCACCAGGCCUCCUGAUGUCCGUGUCCCCCGUACCCUCCUCCUCAGCCCCCAUCUCUCCAUCCCCACCAGGAGCCCCCCUUGCCAAAGUGCCCAGUGCUAGCCCCACGGCUGACACAGCCGGGGCCCUGCACCCCAGCGCCAAGGUGAACCCCAGCCUGCAGCGGAGGCACGAGAAAAUGGCCAACCUGAACAGCAUCAUCUACCGGCUGGAGCGGGCUGCGAACCGGGAGGAGGCCCUGGAGUGGGAGUUCUGA